GAAUACAUUUGUCCCUGGUAGUGUUGCGCUGCGGCGUGGGCAGAGGUUGCACGGCAUGGAAAGGACUGAAAAGGAGCGGCCAAAAAUGUAGAGAGGAAAACUGUGCGAGACAAAAAUGUCGAAACUAUUGUACAAUAUGAUGGCAAAUUUAAAUGUUUCGUGUGACGCUCCUAAUUUGAGUAUCGCUCUGGCUCACCGGGUUGAAGUAAUGGAAAAUCCACUUCAGGAAUAUCUCCUCGGAAUCAUCAUCUCCAUAUGUGGGAACGUCCUCAUCAGCAUUUCCCUCAAUAUACAGAAAUAUGCCCACGUCUGUCUUUCCCAGCGAGGCUCCAAGCCUUACUACACCUCUGUGCUGUGGUGGUGCGGUCUGCUUCUCAUGGGUGUUGGUGAACUGGGGAAUUUUGCAGCCUACGGCUUUGCUCCAGCAUCCCUCAUAGCCCCACUGGGAUGUGUGUCUGUCAUAGCAAGCGCUUUCAUCUCUGUGAUUUUCCUCAAGGAGACCUUGCGCGUCUCUGACGUUGUCGGUGGCACACUGGCAAUAACAGGAACCUACGUCUUGGUGACCUUUGCCCCCCACACGUCCACUCACAUUACAGCCCAUCUGGUCCAGUUCUGUGUCAUCAGCUGGCACUUCCUGCUGUACCUUAUGAUAGAGGUCAUCGCCUUUUGCAUCCUGCUCUUUCUGUACAAGAAGAAGAAUAUGAAGAAAAUUGUAAUUGUGAUGCUGCUGGUGGCACUGCUUGCCUCUCUUACAGUCAUCUCAGUAAAGGCCGUGUCGGGAAUGAUCACGGAGUCGAUAAAAGGCGAUCUGCAAUUCAUCUAUCCAAUCUUCUACAUUAUGCUCGUCAUCAUGGUGGUCUCCUGUGCCUUCCAAAUCAAGUUCCUCAAUCAGGCAAUGAAAAUGUUUGAUGCCACAGAGGUGGUUCCAAUCAACUUUGUGUUUUUUACUGCGAGUGCCAUUGUUGCAGGGAUAAUCUUUUACCAGGAAUUUGAAGGCUUGGCAUUACUGAAUAUUUUCAUGUUCCUUUUUGGAUGUCUGCUUUCUUUUCUGGGAGUUUUCCUUAUAGCCAGAAACCGGCCAAAAGUAAAGAAACAGGAUUGCAACUUUAUAGCAAUGGAAAUGGUCCCUGGAAAGAGAUGCACAGACAGAGUGCAGCCUGAGACCAAAAGUCCACCAUAUGGAUCACUGGCAGCCAAGUUCAUAUGUAACACAGGUGACCAAAUAGAAGAGUCCUAAGAGCCCUUCCAUCUGUUGACGUGAUGAUCAAGUGUGUCAACACUUGCCUCCUGCUGGGCCAAACGUGAAGGGGGCAGUAUGUUUGAAGACAUUCUCUGGACUCUGUUUAUCUGCAAGUAAGAUAAAUAGUCCACUGCUCCCAAGUGACCUGGAGCUAUUACACACUUAGCAACUCCCAAAAGUGCAACUUCAUGUGGCCUGAUGUCAGUGGUGGGCCGUGCAUUUCAACCUUAGGCCUUCAGUGACGUCACAUACAGUACAUUAACACAAUAUAGGCUUGUCGAGCAGCACAGGAGCAUUUAAAACCAUCAAGUAUGCAUCACAAUUAAGAGCAGGAAACAAAAUUUAGAUAGUCAAAAAUAAAAAGAUUUUAAAAAUACUAAAUAAAAUGCCACCCAAAUUACGCUGUGUGAUCAUAAACAAGUCUGUCCAAUAAAUUGCGCAAUGUCGCAGUUUCAUAUAAGACACCAACCACACAAUAACAAAACAAACUAUUCUUUGAAAAUAAAAUUAACAGAUCAUUUGCAUUUUGAGAAUAGGCUAUACAACAGCAAAUAACUGAAAAUGUUGAGCAGCUGAGAUUGAACGAAUUUUAGUGCAUGAAGCUGAAUACAAUGCAUUCUAUCCAAUCCAUUAUAAGUUGCAGGUGAGCUGAUUUAUUCGAUACAUUUUUGUAUCUUUGACAUUUUAUUUCCUGACCAGUAAUACUAACGAAAUAAAAUAACAAGAAGAAAUAACAAGAAGUGUCCCCAAACGUUUUUAAACGCACCGUAGCUUGUAAGUGCCCAGCCAUGCUCUGAUGUUUUCUUGCCGCCUUGGUAAAACAACUUAAAUUGGUAAAUCCAGUGGAAGGUCCGCCUUGAAAAUUGUGUGGAAAGUGCUCCUGCAACCAGAUCAAGUCUUCUCCUUCAGCCAUUUUGGGUCAAAAUGCAGCAACAGCUCUCUCUAGCGGGCGCUAAUCCAAUCACCGAACGCGCACGUCCAGUGUCGACGUAAACCAUAGGUGUCAAACUCAGGUCCUUGAGGGUCGCUGUCCUGCAUGUUUUCGAAGUCUCCCUGUUGCAACACACCUGAUUCAAAUGAUCAUAUCAUCAGAAAGCUCUGCAGAAGCCUGACACUGAACCUGUUCAUUUGAAUCAGGUGUGUUGCAACAGGGAGACUUGGGAAAACAUGCUGGGCAGCAGCCCUCCAGGACCCGAGUUUGACACCUAUGACGUAAGCCCUUCUAGCUGGCCCUGGUACGCAGACUCGUGAUCUGAUUGGCUACUGCAAGCUGACUGUGCCUGUUUAAUCUGAAUGCCCAGAGCAAGUUUAGUUUACCUGGCAACACAAGCUAUCUGAAAUUUGAUUGGUUAAAAACUCUACCAUAAUAAAAUAACAAAUUAAAUCGAUUUUAUUCUCAGAAAAGUAAAUUUAUUAAAAGUACUUUUCUGAGAAUGUUUAGGCCAGCAGAUAAGGCCUUGCUGGCCCUGACGGAACGCCACUGCCUGAUGUCAACUUGUCAAGAUAGAAACUAUGCCCAGAACUGAAACAAAGAGGGUUCAUCAAUGUGCGAUGACUGGUACAUCAAAACAAAAUGUAAAGAGGUGUGUGGAACGCAUGUCUCACUGUCUUUGGUUUGACUAAACACAUUAAUGAAAACUUGUCCCAUAUGUAAAACAUACAUUUGAACUCAAAUAAACCUCAAACCACAUUAAGACCUGAAUCUAAAGUUAAGGGUUGCUAGGAAACCAAACCCUUACUUCCCUCCUGCCACCCACACAUUAUGGGAUGGGUAUACAAGAUUUGCUGUUCAAGUAGGAGUCUGCCUUCUCUCAAAAUUGCCUCUGUUGUGUCAUAUAAUGUUAGUGGUAAGUUUGUGUUCCCACUGGUGGAUGUGAUACACGUAGGCUAAAUUGUUGGUACCCACCGCUUAAGAAAGAAAACACAACGGUGAUAACUGAAAUACUGUCAAUUCUGGGGGGCUGUUUGGGAGUGUUAUCGAGGACAAUUUUACUGUAAAUAAAUUAAAGUUGGGCACUGGUUGAUCUGGAAUUAAAACGAUGGUACCCUUACUGUAAUGUGUAAUGCACAAUGUUCUGAAGCAGUCCCUGGAAUCAAUGAUAUACAAGUCUGAUGUUCUGCUUUUCAUCAUUCGUGUGUUUUUCGAGACCUGUUUUGGAGGUCAUUCUGUUGGAGGAGCCAUGACCUGCGACUGAGACUGAGCUUUCUAACAAAAGACAGCACAUUUCUCCAGAAUGUUUUGAUAGUCUUUGUUGUACCCUGCACAGAUUCAAGACAUCUUGUGCCCAUGCAACGCUAGAGCGUAACAAAGUCUGCUCCAUGUCUCACAGUUGGUACUUUUUUUUUUUUUUUGGUGAGCUUUUUGUGAAAUAAAGGAAAAGGCACACAAACUUGAAAUUUGAAAAACACAUACAGACAAGCCCCACAAUAGAUGAGUAAACUGAAACUUUCUGGCAGGUCACAUAAUAUCUGUGUUUUUAGCCCCAGACCCCCCAAAAAAGGCAGCAUACAAAGAAGAAAGACCAACAUGCAUCCUGUGAAACACGGAGGCUCAGUUAUGUUGUGUGGCUGCUAUGUUACAACUGUCACGUACGGAAUUUGACAAAUCCCAACACUGCCCAAGCAUUCUGUGCUGACACCGCGGUAUAUGAGAGGUCUCCAUCACAAAUCAUGGUCCCAAAUGUGUUUUUGCCAUUCAUUUCUUUAAUAGAGAGGAACAAACUAUAUACUUUACUGUACGUAUAUUGUAAUCGUCCAUACAGUCAUCUACAUAGAGGGUCUUUUUAAACUAAAUUCAAAAAUGAUCUCCAGAGAGUGGCAUUUUAGUUUCAAAAAAUGUUUACAUCAAAAACAGAGUCCAUAGAAAUACAUAUACUGGAUGACAACAAAUGUAUUUCAACACACUAAAUGAAAACGGUUUGUCUUCAAUUUUCUUGAUUCUGUAGAUUUGCCUUAUGUAAAAAAUCUACAGUAUGUAUAUUUUUAAUCAGUUUAUUUUACAGCCCAAAUUAAACAUGGCAUAUGGUUUGAGUUCGAUAAUUGUACAAAGAAAGCAUCAUGCAACUUUCUUGUCUAGCAGUUCCCCAUAAAGCUAGAAGGGAAAAAAAAGCCUCCAUAUCAAGCAAGUUCUGCAUUUGUUCCACUCAAACUUCGAUGUUAAUUUUUGCAAAGCGGUACUGCAGAGACAUAGGGUUGCGUAGCAGCACCGUUCCUCUGUGUUCCAGGGGCUGACUAAUGAGUGUGUGAACCAGGCCAGUGACACUCACAAAGCCCAGAGCCUCCCCACAGCCUGCCGACAGGGAGAAGUCGGCUUGAGUCACCCAUCCAAGUGUUACUCGGGAGCAGUGAGAGGUGACACUCGGUAAGGGAUUUGGCCACACUCCCAAAACAACAUCAGAGGCGGGACAAGAUAGCUGGGGGUCAUUCGACGUUGUGGUCAUUUGUCCGGAGGUUGAGGGAGUGUCAGAAGCCACUUUCUUGGUACCCUUCUUACCACGCUUGAGCGUGCUUUUCAAGUGAUCCCUGUGGGGUGGCUCCUGGGGGGCGCUACUGCCAGGCCCUCCUCUGCUCAGCAGCUUGAGGUCAUCUGCGGUUGGCACGGACACCAUGGCAUGGAGGUCUGGUUUGCCUUUCAACAACACCGACAGACGUACCCAAACCAAGCUCAUCCCAUGACUUGCGAGGAAUGAUUUCUUUGCUGUAUGGUCCAGAGAUGGCAUUUCCCUGACACGGUACGACCUCUGACCCUGAGACGAAGUGGGUCCGCACCAACUAGAGAGAAGCCUCAAUGACUUCCUGGUCCUAGGAAACAAAAUGAUCGGAAUAAAAUUUAAAAGGGCACUCUGUUGUAAAUUUUAUCCUUUGCAUUUUAGAUUCACCAAAACAAAUUGUUGCUUCAACCAUAUUGUACUGGAUAACCAUUUUGUUGCAAGACACUUUUCUGUGCAUUUCCGGUUCAUUGGUCAGAUUUUUCCUCUUUGCCAUUAUUGAUGCCCUUCUUGCCUGUCUAUCUGGUGGCAUUUGGAAGCGUAACAGAAUCAAAAACAUGUUAAUACAUUAGAUGCUCACUGAAACAAGGGGGUGCCUGACAAAGUAGUGCUAUGAGAUGUUUUGCUGGCCAAAAAUAACCCUCAUGCAGAGAGAAAACAACUAGUUUUUCUUUUUUAACCUUUUCUCUCUGUAAGGGAGGGACGGGCAAGGAUCGAUGGAGAGUGAGAGCGAGCAGUUUGGUCAAAUUCCAAACUGUACAACCACUGAAACUCCGACUUCUACUGUAGUUGAGAAAAUGGUUGCACAACUUUCUAAAUAAAUGAAUAAACAAAGAAAUGAGACAGUACUAAUGUUGUUCGAGCUUCGUGUAGCUUCUUACACCAUUGAAUAUCAGAACAUCUUCACAAGAUGGAAAGAUGUAAUCAGCAAGAACAAAAGUGUGCUAUAUUGGUUCAAGUCAUGUUCAUUAGAUUACAGUGAGUUUGUAAAUGUCUAAAUAACAUGCAAAGUUAAACGUGUCCCUUAAGGGUCUGUGCGAAGGCAGACAUUCAUCACUGUAAAUGCUUCCCAAAGGCAAAGUCAUUACUGAAGACUCCAAACGCAUUAUAUCGAUCAACAAACCUAAUAAACUGAGUUAUUCAAGCAUAGAAAUGCCUUGUACGUUCAUAUUAAACUUCAACGGAAUAGAAAUUGCAUUUGGCACUUUAGAAACCCUCAAAAUGAAUUUGCUCUGGUCUCGAACACAAUAGGAAGCAAACUUUGCAUCAUAUUUUCAAACAGUCUUUUCCACAUACGAAACUGUCAGAAUAGUGGUGUUCACACGGCAAGAUUUGGUCCGGUGCUACGCCGGGGCUGCCCCAGUAGAGCGUUCACACGUGCAAAUUAGCUCCGGCGUUGCCCCGGAAAAGAGCUUACACCGGACAAAAUUUGAUCCACCUCAGGGAGGUGGUUUAAAAUUUUGCUCUGGAGCAAAUGCUCGUUUGCGAAGCAGCACCAAUGUAAAUUUGCACGUGUGAACGCAACUGGGUUAAAUUUGCUCCAGAGCAAAUGCUUGUGAAGAGUACGUAUGGGCAAGAAUGCGUUGCUUUCGUGCUCUGUCGGAAUUCCGUCAUGUGUUUGUUUAAUAAAGACACAAGACUUGGCUGGUAACAUCUUUCCUUUUGUAGGAGUUGUUUGUGUAGUUUGUUCCUUUGUUGUGUGUUCACAACCCCCCGCCCCCCAUAUCUAAUUUAUUUUUUGAGUUCCUCUCUUGAUUUUCUGUUUGCCGCAUUACGUGUUUGCUUUUCUGAGUAUCAUUGAAGUCAUCGUUGAUUUACGUUUUCGGGGGCGGUCACUCUCGAGCAGAAGGCACGGAGACCGAGAAGGAGAAGGACGUGCCUGUCCAGUAGUCGCUCGAGUUGUGUAUACGUUUUAAAAAGAACCAACACAACAGCUCAUUUGUUUUCUGUCGUUUUGCUCCGCUGCAGAAACUGCCGUGCGAACGCAAGCGGGGCUGCACCGACGCUGUGCCGGUGCUGACACGCUCAGCAGCUUUAUACGUGUGAACGCUCCACACAAUUUGCUGCGCAACAAAAUACAUCGGUGCAGCGCCGGAGCAAAUGUGUGCCGUGCGAACACGCCUAAUGUGUUAUGUGUUGCGUCAACGAGGAUGUUCAGAUAAAAAGAGACGCACACCCACAACUCAUCACUAAGCUGGUCUCGGAGCUAAAUUCGAGUCAAGGGACAUUUACACAUGAACACUGCAACGGUGCGAUUCAAAGGUGUGGCAUGAUAAAUGUCAGCAAAGACAACCGCUGUGUACUUUGAGUAAAACCAAGCUUGCUUGUUGGAUCAGUAGGACACGGGAACCAGGGUGAACAUUACACAACAAAUUGUCAUGGAAAACACCGAAUACCUCAGGACAGUGAAGUGUGUUUGCUGCUUGGUCACAGGGACUUGGUGAUGUGAUGUUCUCUCGACCCGCGUCGCCAUGUCAUCCAGUGAUGCGCUUUGAGCCUGGAUGCCUCCUUCACUUCCAAUAACAUCCCACUCCUCAGCCAGCUGUUGCCACGGGCAACAGAAUGGAGCCAGGCAGCCAUGUUUAAUGUAAUUGGUUCUUUUGGCAGGUGGCCGUCUAGAAUGGAGGGCAAAUGGUCAAACCCUAGUCAAACCACAAAUCCCCCAAUUUAUGAGAAAAAAGUGUGAGUGCUGAACAGCAGCUAGCAGAGGAUGACAAUCCCUCUUGAUUACCACACGCUUAUAUACAUCAGGGAACUAUCCACGUGGCGGAAAAUUGCCAUUUCAUUCAUCAAGUGACCUUUUGAACUUUUCCAACAGCUCCGACUCUUGCUCCCCCUGAAAAUGGGCCCCUGCAGGACAGUCGGGGUAAUCGUGGGGGAAGUGAGGAACGCCUUUAUUCUGAGAGUGUGUCAGACUCAUUUUUAGUCCACCAAUGCGAACAUCUCUGUAAA